GCUAGUAUUCCGGAAACGAACGAAGUAGGCUUGGCGCUGCCCCUCCCCUCCUCUCCCCUCCAUCAUUGCCGCCCGAAACGGCAACCCGCCAUCCACCAUCCCCAGCAGCUAGCUAGCUAGCUAGCCACCAGGCUCUCUCUUCUCUCCCCCUCCCUCCCUCCAUGUGCCCGCCUGCAGCUCGCCGCUCCACCACCGCCAUUUAAUCCCGCCUCGCCUCGCCUCGCUGCUCGCAGCAGGCAUACAGGCCGGCGGCCGGCAGCUAGCUUGCUAGCUUAGCUAGCUCCAUCAUCAUUCCUCCCUAGCCCGGCCCCCUUGUUCUCAGUCGCCCCAUCAAUCAUCGAUCACGCGCUCGCCAGGCCGGCCAGUCCUUCGUUCGUCCACCUCCAUCCAGCAGCUAGCUAGCGGCCGCACCCUCUCGAUUGCGUAUCUGCCGGCGGCCGGCCGUCCGGCAGGCGGCAGCUGCCCAGCACGAAGCGGGCGGAGUGACUUAUUUUGAUGGCUGCGACGGCGGCCGCGCCCAGGCCCAAAUCGCCGCCGGCCUCGCCCGACCCCUGCGGCCGCCACCGCCUGCAGCUCGCCGUCGACGCGCUCCACCGGGAGAUCGGCUUCCUCGAGGGUGAAAUAAGUUCCAUUGAGGGGGUCCACGCUGCCUCCAGAUGCUGCAAAGAGGUUGAUGAGUUUGUGGGAAGAAACCCCGAUCCAUUCAUAACGAUUCAGGCAGAGAAACGAAGCAAUGAGCAAUCUCAGCAGUUUCUGAAGAAGUUCAGAGCCAAGAGCUGCCUGAGCUACCUGUCGUGGAUCUGCUGCUGCGGUGGCGGCGGGUGCCCGCCGUUCCAGCUGAAGACGAUGAGGCCGUCGCCGGCGGCGAGCUGCUCCUGCGGCGGCGCGCAGCUGCGGAAGCUCUGCGCCUCGUGCUGCUCCUGCUGCUGCUGCUGCCGGUGCCGCGUGGUGUGCGCCGGGUGCUGCGGCGGCGGGUGCUGCGCGCCGUGCCCGCGCUGCUCGUGCGACUGCGCCUGCCCGCGGUGCUGCUGCUCGUCGUCGAGCGCCUGCCCCAGCUGCGGCGGCGGCGCGUGCUGCGUCCCGCGCUGCUGCCUGUGCCUAUGAUGACGAUCGGAGAGGAGAGACUUAUAGAGCAUAUUUCUUUUUUUUUUUUGGUUGCAUGCGCGCGUGCUGCUUUUAGAUCGAUCGAUGCUGCUACCCCUGAUGAUGAUGAAUGGGGAUGAUGGGUUCUGAAUUCUGAUGGAUAUUGGCAGUCAGCAGUGU